ACCUCGAUUCUCCGAUAGCGAACAAAGGCCGAAGAAGGAUUGCACCGUCUCGGUAUAAUUUACGGUCUCUGGCCUGAGCCAGAGACAUAAAUGAAACCAAAAAUAGCAACGGAUUUUUUUACACCUACUAUAUUUGGGGUGUCUGGGAUUUUCAAAAGUCUGCAGGAAGUAGAAUGGAUAAACAAACACGAAUGGUUGCUUGUCGUGAUGCAAGUAAAGAAAUGACAUGAAUAAAGAUCUAGAAAAACUAGAUAUAGAUCUAGAUCUAGAUUUUCUGUUGACCUGAACUGAGAAAGUGAUUGCCACCUCCGCCUCCAGUGGUUAAGUGCAAGUGUAAACAGUUUGAAACUGUUCGACUUCGUCACAUCGUCCUCUAUCCCAAUGUCUGAGUCAGUCUCAGAAGCCUUUGUGCCUGGAUUAGAAGCAGAAACAAAUGAGUCGGGGCAACUGCAGAUAGAUGGAGGAAAUCUCAAGGUUCUCCCGCCACUUAAGGAAGAUGAAAGUUUCUCCCAAAGCCAGGUGCACAGAGAGGAGGUGAUGGACUAUGGAGAUGAAUGUUUUUUGCUGGCAAACACCCUAACAGAGACGGAAUGCCAACACUUCAUUCAAGAGGGAGAAACUGAAGGCUUUGAAGCCAUUGGCUUUGUUCGAGAUAGUUAUCGAAGUUCCCAAAGAAUAUCCUUUCAAAGCCCACAGCUGGCAGAUUUAUUAUGGAAGCGCAUCAAAGGACAUCUGAAAGACAUUGUUAUUGACGGUGACCCUCACAGUAUACACAUUGAAGGUGUGACUUCUCUCAUGCAAGGAACCUGGGUGCCAAAAGGUCUCAACGAUGUUUUUCGACUGUGCAGAUACUUCCCCACCGGCCACUUUGCCCCGCACAAUGACGGAUAUUUUGUUCGAUCAGCGUCAGAGAGGUCUCUGCAGACAUUUAUGCUCUACUUAAAUGGAGAUUUCUCAGGAGGAAGCACUAAUUUCAUUGACCCAUCACAGGUUUUGUUUAAGGGUCCAGAUGGAAAGUACUGCGCUGAGGAGAAAAAUGUCCUCUGUCGUAUCCACCCUAAGUCAGGUUUGGCCAUCAUUUUUAACCACAACCGACUGCAUGAGGGCGAGAAGUUAGGCGAUGGCAAAAAGUACAUCCUUAGAACCGAUAUUAUGUAUGAAAAUACCUCUGCUUCUCAAAUGUCAGAGGCACAGCAGGAAGCAAUGCAACUAAUGCAAGAGGCAGACAGGCUAGAGGCAUCAGGAAAGGCAAUGAAGGCAAUGGAACUCUAUAGGAGGGCGUUCAAGCUGUUUCCAGAGCUCGACAAGUAAAAUCAGUACGUGAAAGUAAACUAGGAUCCCCCCAUAUGGAACUAACUUGACCCAGUACUCAGACUCAGGGUCACGGUGGAGGUCACAGUGGGACUGGUGCUUUGUUUUGAUGGAACAGGAAACAGCUGGGAAGUAAUGGGGUGCUUUAUACUAAACUGUUACCAAUAAAUGAAUUAAGUACUGUACCUAAACUGUUUUCAUAUUCACAAUACAGAUAAGCCUGGUUUAAAAUGAUGGAUGCCCAAUAAUUUUGCCUUCUAUGCUUUGAGGAAAAGAAGAUAUAGGAAAUCAGAGGGGGAGGGGGGGGGGGGGAAGAUGAGAAGAGUAUAUUUUUAUGGUAUUGUUAUUGUAUAAAUUUUAAGCAUUCAAAGGAUGAUUUCAGCUGUUGUUAAAGUGUAUUCAUGUUGAUUUGUUUGCUUCAAUUCUUAAAUUCUCUUUUUUUUUUCAAAUUUCAAGAAUAGUACAUUCCUUUUCUACUUAACCUAUAUCUAUUGGGCAGCAUAAUAAUAUGAGGGAACACACACAUAUAUAAUAUAAUAGACUAAUAUCCAUUUUAUGUGGGAAUUUUACACUUUUUUUGUUUGUUUGUUGGAAGGUGUAACAUUGCUAUAGUUUUGAAAAAUGCAAGAAACAAUUUUGAAAUAUGUUUUUUAAAUCGUACAUUAUAAGAUAGGCCUACAUUGUUUCAUAUUUUCUGAUAUUAUGGGCUUGUUUUGAGUGGGGAAAGUGUUAGGAAGAGAGAUCGAAAGUUUUGAAGUUGAAUAAAGUCUGAAAGUAUGUGCUGUUCUCGAAGGACAUACCGCCGCCACUACAGUUUAAGUGUGCUGAUUUGAUAUGUUGACAUAAAUAGUGGUACCGUAGACUUAGACGACAAAGGAUUAGAACUGGAUAAGAUAGCGGUUUUUUGUGUGUAUAUGUCUGUGAGCUUUUGCCUAUGUACGCAUGUAUCUUUUUUUAUAUGUGUGCAUGCGUGGUGCAUGCAUAUGUGUGUGUGUGCGUAUGUGUGUGUGUGUAUGAAAGAGAGAAAGAGCCUGAGAGAGAGAGAGAAAGAGAGAGAAAGAGAGAGAGAGCGAGAAACAAACGUAUAAAUGAAUAGACAGAGAGAGAGACAGGGAAAGGAGGAAAAGAAAAGUGGAUAGAGUGGAAUGUAUAGCCUAUUGGAGGAAGAAUGGCUGUGUUAAUUUCUCAAAAGGUUGACCUCAAUUACCUCCAUGGUGAUGUUUAUGAAGAUUUAUACGUUAACGUCUUUCAAAGUUUUUGUAUAUCUUUACUUUCCUCACUUUAUCAGCAUUUGCAAUAACUUUUUGGAGGCUGGAAUUAAUGUUACAAUUAUAUUUCUAUUUUUAAUAUAAUGUUCAUUGCAUCUGUAUUAAUUAUAAAAAGUUUGUUUUAAUUUUGUGUUUUAUUUUUAUUAAUCUAAAAUUCAGUGAAGAAAGCAUCAGUUGUUGAUAGAAGGCUAUACUAGUCGGAGCCUGAACUGAAUGAAAACGUUAUUUUUCAUGACAUGCUUAUCUGAAGAUAGCGUAUUCUCAAUACGACAAUGAAUUGAUCUUUUCACAUCAUAUCCCCCUCACAAGCACAUACACAUACACACACAUAUGUGUGCAUAUUUUGUGCAAGUAUGAAAUGUAGCCAAAAGUCACUCUCAAGCUGUUUACAAUUUUUAUUGACAUUCACUCAUAUGCACUGUUGCUCUUGAGGUUACACUGUAGGCCUACUUGGAGUAGAAUCUGAAGAGAAGCAAAAGAAACAAAAAAAUGACAAUUACAGUUAGAUGUUAAAGUGUUUAAGCUGAAAUUUGAAUGAAUCCCAAAAAUGUUGUGACAGAAGCUCCAAACACUGGCUAUUUGCAAAAAUGUAAAAUAUCACUUAACAUGAUUUGUAUUGUACAUGUUUCUGUUCCAGUCAGUAUUUUAAGUAUAUACGAUAUCAGCUUGGAGCCUAUCAUGUGGCUUUUGUAUUUCAGAAAAAAUGUUUUGAUUUUUGCCUUUCGCUAAACCAGUUGAGACAUUUUGUAGAUUUUUCAUUCUUUCUCAAACUUAUCCUGUAAAAAGCAUAAUACAUACUUUGGACUUGUACACUUAAGAAAAACUUUAUUAAAUGUGUACAUUUAUUGUUUC